GUCUGAACCUGAAAGCAGCAUAGACCAGAUCGCUGCAGCUUCAGAAGAAUCAGACUGAAGCUGGGAGUUCAGUAAAACACAAUAGCGCUGUUAGUUUGGAUUUCAGCUUCUUUAGGAGAUAAAAGUCGGUUUCAGCGAUGAGUUCCUGCUCAGCUGUGAAAAAUCUACACAUUUUCACCUGGAUCAAUCUUUUCUGCUUUAUUUAUGCAGUUCCUCCAGAUGUGCAGGUGCUGGUGACGCCGCCCCAGACGACGAGCUGUGGAGGAAACGUGACUCUGAACUGCGAUGUCGAAUCAUUGAGUCAGCUGGAAAUAAAACAUCUGUCCUGGGUGGCUGCAAAUAAAAACUGUAGAUACGAAGAACCAAAGUCCGGCUGUGAAAGCAGAAAGUCGGAAAGGACUCACCGACUGACGCUGACUCUGUCCAACAUCUGGCCCAUCGAUGCCGGAAACUACAGCUGCAAAAUGCGCAGCAACAUGGAGGCGAUGUCUAGAACCACCAGCGUGACUGUGACAGAGUGUUCUGGUCGCCCGGCCUCCUCGGUGAAUCGGUCCCACGCCCAGUGCUCCUUCAGCGGCGUUUAUCCCAGCGGUUCGGUUCACUGGUUCAAGGGAGACGCCAACCUGACGGAUUCCACCACCACAGAAGAAGAGGAGGACCAGUGUGGAGCCUACAACAUCUGGAGCGUGAUGGACCUGCAGGAAGUGAAGCUGCCUUUAAACUGCUCGCUGUGGAUUCCUGCUCUGGGAAAAUACGUUUCUGAGCAGCCGCUGCGCGAUUCUGCAGCCAGUUUGAUCCAACUGUGGUGGUUCUGUCUGCUGACCGGAUCCAUCUUGGUCACAUCUGGGCUGUAGGGAAAGUUCACAUCUGGAUUUCCUGACGAUUGAUGUGUGGAACUAAAGAACAAAAGUCUGAUUUCUAAACACGUUUCUGGAUCUUAAGAGGCAAAAGUUUGCUUUAAAAAACAACAAUUCAAUUCAUUUUUAUUUAUAUAGCGCCAAUUACAGUCAAAUUGUCUCGAGAUGCUUUACAGAACCCAUAAGCCUGAACUCCCAGAGCAGCCCUAAGGCGACAGUGGCAAGGAAAACACCCUUUUAACAAACCUCGAGCAGAACCUUGAGCAGAACCUGGCUCUAAUGUGGGGAGACCCAUCUGCCUGCUGGCUGGUGGGUUGAGAGGGACAGAAGAGGUAGAAAGGUAGAGAUAGAGGGAUGGGAACAUAAAACACACAAUUUGAUACAUGCAUGAUAAGACAGAUGAUACAUGCAAAGUACAACUGACAUGGAAACUAAUUAUAGUUUACUGCUAUGGUGUAUGGCUCUGACAUGAAAUAUACUACAUAUAUAGCUGGUGGUAAAUUCAAAAAUAUGUAGAUGAGCAUAUCAAGUAUAGUGAGGGCAAUGCAGAGUAGAUUGUUGGAAAUGAGCAGCUGGAAGCAGUGGGCUGGAGGAAGGUCAGCAGCAGCAUCCCACAGAUGGAGAUUAGGCCAGUUGGUAGGAGAACAACCACACAUCUGAAGCAAGUGUAAUGCAAUAACAGUAUAUAUAUUAAAUAUAAAGGUAGCUAGAGAAAGGCUCAGUGCAUCCAGAGAGGUUCCCCAGCAGUCUAGGCCUAUAGCAGCAUAACUAGGGGCAAACUAAAGGGACGUCAAGAGGGGAAGUCAGUUGUGCAAAUGAAAACACCAGCAUACCCCGUCAGGGUCCCCCAGUCAGCCCUAACUAUAAGCUUUGUCGAAAAGGAAGGUUUUAAGCCUGGUCUUAAAAAUAGAGAGGGUGUCCGCCUCCCGAACCCAAACUGGGAGCUGGUUCCACAGGAGAGGCACCUGAUAACUGAAGGCUCUGCCUCCCAUUCUACUUUUAGAGAUUCUAGGAACAACAAGUAAGCCUGCAGUCUGAGAGCGAAGAGUUCUGCUAGGAUAAUAUGGUACUAUCAGAUCUUUAAGAUAUGAUGGAGAUUGGUUGUUAAGAGCUUUAUAUGUCAGAAGAAGGAUUUUGAAUUCUAUUCUAGAUUUAACAGGGAGCCAAUGAAGAGAAUCCAAUAUAGGAGAAAUAUGAUCUCUCUUGCUAACUCCCGUCAGUACUCUGGCUGCAGCAUUUUGGAUCAGCUGUAGAUAUUUCAGAGAGCUAUUGGGACAACCUGAUAAUAAGGAAUUACAGUAGUCAAGCCUAGAAGUAACAAAUGCAUGGACUAGUUUUUCUGCAUCACUCUGAGACAGGAUGUUCCUGAUUUUCACAAUAUUUCUCAGGUGGAAAAAGGAAGUCCUACAGAUUUGUUUUAUGUGCAAGUUAAAGGACAUGUCCUGGUCGAUGAUAACGCCGAGGUUCCUCACAGUAGUACUGGAGGCCAAUGUAAUGCCAUCCAGAGUAGCUAUAUGCUUUGAAAGCAAUUUUCUAAGAUGUUUGGGGCCAAAUACAAUGACUUCAGUCAAAACAUUUUUUGCAUGUAAUGUUUCAUUUUAAACAGAAAUGAAACAUGACAACUCACUUUUUUCGUAUUCUGUGUAUUUUCUUUAGUUAUUUUUUUGUCUCUGUUCUAUUAUUUUUUGUCUCGUUUAUGUUGUUUUAUUUGUUUUCAGGACAGUUUUGUGUUUUGUCUCAUUUUUGCUUUAAAAAAAAUUCAACUUCAAUAGUUAAAUGUCAAUUAAAAUCACUACAUAAAAACUUUAGUUGACUGAUAACUGUAGAUUAGAUUUUGAAUUAGAUUUGCAAAAUAUGUUAAAAAAAGAUAUUUAACUGAGAGGAGGAUGAAAUUACUCAACAUCUUGGCUUUAAAGCUGGAUAACUGUUAAAUCAGCUUCUUUUCUCGUCUUGUUUGUGGGUCGAUAUGAGUUUGAAGUGAAGCCUGUUGGAACUCGUCGUUUUUCUUUUCCGUAAAUUCCUAAUAAACUCUGACGGACGGAUUAGAAGAUAAAGAGAAGCUCAGAUCACAGGAGACGCAGAAUUACAGUUGACCUUGAAAGAUUUCAUUAGUCGGAUUUCAUUCAAUUAUCGGAUCGAUUGAUUGAGUUAAACAGGAUCCUCGGCUGCUGUAGUCGGACGCCCCGAUGUCCUCAGAUACCAGCUGCUCCACUUAAAAAUAUACAGAAUUAGACAUAGAAAUAUUCACAGAAGUAUUAAAGGGCCUCAUGACAUUUUUAAAACAAUCACUUUAUAGCAUAAAAUAUGGAUGUUUAUGAAGAUAUUUGUGUGAUUUUAGCUUCAUAUGUCAAAUAAAAUCUGAGAUAAAUUACUUUAAAAA